AUGAAGGCCUCGAGGUCGAGGUCUCUCCUUGUACUUUCAACAGUCUUUGUAGUCCUUGGUCUGCUGUACUUCGACUUGACGCAAAACGCCGUGGCUCUCGCACGCAUCGCACUAAUCAGCACCAAGACAAAUCCAGCGGCUCAGCAUGGAUCUCUUAUCCCCAAGAAUAUAUGGCAGAUCUUCCUCCGGCCUCCGAACUCCAACAACAGUUUCCAAAUCGACCCUUCUAAGAUUUCAGAUGCCGCAUCUUGGUUAGCCCGGAAUCCCGACUAUUCAUACCACCUGGUUGGGGAUCAAGGGGCGUCCCGCAUUCUUCAUCAACACAAAUUAUCAAAUAAGAAGUUACGCGAAAUCUACCAUGGGCUGCCAAAUACCGGCAUGAAAUCGGACCUACUUCGAUAUGUGAUACUAGCGAAUGAAGGCGGUGUAUACGCCGAUACUGACGUGGAGGCUAUACGCCCAAUCGACACUUGGAUCCCGGAACAAUAUUCUGAGAGCGCCAAGGUGGUUGUGGGAAUUGAAUUUGACCGUUUGGAUGGCCCCAACUGGGCUCAGGUUCAUGAAGAAUUGCAAUUUUGCCAAUGGACCAUUGCAGCUGCCCCGAACAACCCCUUGCUGCUAAGAAUGAUAACAUCCGUCGUGACAAGGCUGGAGAAACAUGCAAAAGACCAUGACUCGACUGUGGGAGAAGUCGAGUUUUCGGAUUCGGACGUCAUUAAUCUGACUGGGCCUUCGGCAUGGACCGACGUCGUUUUUGAACAACUUCGCAUUUACCAACCGAGUCUUACGUCUGUGAGGGACCUGACUGGAUUGACGGAACCAACCCUGAUCGGUGACAUUUUGAUCUUGCCCAUUGAUGGAUUUGGAAUGGGUCAACCGCAUUCGAACAGCACCAAUGAUGGUUCGAUACCCGACGAUGCGCUUGUUCAGCACAAGUUUCGCGGCUCGUGGAGAACAAGCAACGACAAGUCAUAA